CAAUUUUAUUCAUUAUGUAGAAGCUUCUUACACUUUCCACAUCGCUUUUAGAGACAAAUUUAUAGAAAAAUAAUUUUUAUUUUUUUCAAGUUUUGUUGUCAUUUUCAAUUACAUUACAUAACAUAUCGCGAUGAGCAAAAGUUUCUCCAAAAUUUCUAUUGGUUCCACACAUUCCAGUGCGGAAGGCACUCAAGUCGAAGUAGAGCAGAUAUUUCCCAAGAAGCUGGCUGAAUUCAAAGUAGGUCCCAUAUACGAUGAUAUGGGAUUUACGCUUAACGAGAGAUUAGCAUUAAGGCAGGCUUGGAGAGUCAUUAAGCCUUUUGAGCGACGCUAUGGAAAAGAGAUAUACUUCGCUUUUUUAAUGGAACACUACAAGUCAUUUGAAAAUUUUCGACGGUCGGGACGACUUGACCUGCACAGUUUGCAUAGUCAUUCGUUGUCCUUUAUGCGCUUCAUAAGUGCGGUUAUUGAGCAGAAAGAUCCUGUUGCGUUCCAUGCAAUGCUAAGUGACAUGUACUCACUGCACUGUCGGGCUAAUGUCAAUCCCGACUAUAUGGAGAUCAUUGUAAAAGCUCUAAUUAGUUACAUUCUCGAUAAGCUUAAAGAUGUUUGCUCAGCUUCUUUGGAGAGUGGCUUUCAGAGGCUUUUCGACAAGUUCCAUGCCUUCUAUGACGAGGAAACGAAUAAAGGAUUAAGUUUUGUAUUUAGGCGAAGCGAAAGCCAGGAAAAUUAUCGGGAAAGCGCCGAUACCGCUAAAUCUCAGUGAAAGUUUAAUUGGUUUGGAUCUAACAUCGCAUUUUAUCUGCGAUCAAUGCGUUUAAUCAAUCUGAAACUCAUUCAAGGCUUUAUCCAUAUCUAAAUCUUCGCCCUUCUCUCCUACCCACCCCUUCACAUUCAGCUUACUAAUCAUCAAUGUCAAUGCAAAUCGUUCAGUCGAAAGCUGGCGUCGCGUCGCUGCUUUUGCUUCUGUUUCAGCUGCCGUUGCUGCGAUAAACAUAUCAAUUGACGACGCGACGCGACGUCUCAGUCGCAGUCGCAGUCGACGCUGCGUCGGUCUCGACGUUUAGUUUUGCUGUUAAACGCGUUUCCUUACAGAAGUUCAGUUUUGCUCGUACGCUCAGUGCGCCCAUCCACACGUUUCGACACUUUAAAUUAAAUAUUGGCAUUAAACUAGAACUAAAUAGAUUAGUAAAUAUUUGUCAAGAUUUGUACAACGCACUAUUCCCACGCAAAUACAAAAAGUCAUCACAAAAUCAAAUGAUUUAAAGACAACGUAGUUUUUGUGAAAAUUAUAAAUAUUCAGCAACCAAUUAAUCCAACAAUGGUUGUCGCUGAAGAUAUUAAAAAGACUGUCAGCCAAGAAGAUACCGAUGUGACGUCACACAAUCCAAUGCUCUACGAUCCACUGCAGGAUGGCGUCAUUAAAACCUCAAAGACUCGUCAAUACCUGGCUGCCCUAAUAAUUUGUCUGGGCGCUGUUUCAGCAGGCACGGCAUUGGCCUGGACAAGUCCGGUGUUGCCACAGAUCAGUGUCAAUGUCAAUGCCACAACUGCGGUAAACGCAACUCACUUGACUGGAAAUGCAACCACCACGAACAAUGUGUCCAACUUUACCAAUACAACGACUCCAAUCACAACGCCUCUGCCACCCAAUGGACAACUUCAAUUAAGUGUGGCUCAACAGAGCUGGAUAAGUUCCCUGCUGGCCAUUGGCGCCUUUAUGGGCGCCCUGCCCACGGGUUAUAUUGCAGACGCAAUUGGCAGACGCUAUACGGCCUUGGCAAUGGAUGUGCCUUUUAUUUUGGCCUGGCUAUCGAUCAGCUUUGCCAAAUCUGCCGGUUGGCUGUACUUUGGUCGCUUCCUCAUUGGCAUCUCUACGGGCAGCUUUUGUGUGGUAGCUCCCAUGUACAUCUCAGAGAUUGCCGAGACGAGCAUUCGAGGAACUCUGGGAACACUGUUCCAGUUGCUGCUUACUAUGGGUAUACUCUUUGUCUACAUCGUUGGAUCUAUGGUGUCUUGGACCACGCUCAGCAUGAUGUGCCUCGUGGUGCCCAUUCUUCUCUUUGUGGGCAUGUUAAUGCUGCCGGAAACACCUGUCUAUCUGCUGAAGAAGGGUCGCCGGGCAGAUGCGGCAUUGUCUCUCAAGUGGCUGUGGGGAAGAUAUUGCGAUUCUCGUAGUGCCAUACAGGUUAUACAAAAUGAUCUGGAUCAGGCUAAUGCGGAUGCCUCGCUUCUGGAUCUGUUCAGCAAUCGUGGUGCUCGAAAUGGUCUCAUCAUAUCCAUGAUGUUGAUGUUCUUCCAGCAGUUCUCUGGCAUUAAUGCGGUCAUCUUCUACACGGAGUCCAUCUUCGAGUCAGCCGGCAGCAGUCUGAGUGCGUCCAUUAGCUCCAUCAUUGUGGGCGUGGUUCAGGUGAUCAUGACCCUAACGGCAUCGCUGCUGAUCGAUCGUGCUGGCCGCAAGAUUCUACUUCUCUUCAGCAGCACUGUGAUGACCAUCUGUCUGGCCAUCCUCGGUGCCUACUUCGACAUGAAGGAGAGCGGCAAGGAUGUGACUAGCAUCGGCUGGUUGCCCCUUCUCUGCAUGGUGCUAUUCAUCAUUACCUUCUCGGUGGGAUAUGGUCCCAUACCCUGGCUAAUGAUGGGCGAACUCUUCAUGCCCGAUGUCAAGGCCACCGCGGUGGCACUUACUGUCAUGGUCAAUUGGCUGUGUGUGUUUGUGGUAACCAAAUGCUUUGGCGUCAUGAUCCACGACUGGGGAUCAGACAUGACCUUCUGGUUCUUUGCCUGUUGCAUGGCACUUGCCACAGUCUAUGUGGCAGUUGCACUUGUUGAAACCAAGGGCAAGUCAUCCAGCCAGAUACAAACGUGGCUCAGUGGACGUUAACUGUAGAAUACAUAACUAGAUAGUCAUUCAAACGCCAAAUAUUACGCAUACGCCGCAUGUCACGCAAAAUGUACAACAUUUAACAUUAUUGUUUUAUUAGUGUAGUUCAAUUAGUUUAUAAGUUGUUGAAAGCUCUCACUAUUGAAUUUCUUAGCUACUUUUUAUCGUCUUAUUAUGUAUGUAUAUUUGUAUCUGUAACCUUAGCUGUAUCUAUAUUUGUAUUCGUUAAGUGUGCGGUUGUAAAGACAUGUCCAUAAAUUGAUCUUUAUAUGUAUGUAUAUAUAAAUGCGAGUAUACAUUUAUAUUC